CCGAUCCUGAUCGAUGUUUAGCAAGCGCGUAACCUCCAGUACCCCGGCGCUGCGGGCCGCGCUCACCCGCGCCAAGAGCACGACCAAGCCCCGCACGUCGCCUGUGCUGAGCACCAUGCUGCCGCCCGGCACCUUCAAGGGUAAAGUGGCGCUGGUAACGGGCGGCGGCACCGGGCUGGGCAAGGGUAUCGCCACCAAGUUGUCGGAUCUGGGCGCUACUGUCGCUAUUAUGAGCCGCAAGAAGGGCGUCGUGGAGGUGGCGGCGAAGGAAAUCCAGGCACUCACAGGAAACGCGGUGAUUCCGCUCACAGGCGACGUACGCGACGCCGACCAGGUCAAGAAGGCGCUGGACGAGCUGGAUGAGCAGGCUGGAGUACCCACAGUGGUGGUCAACAACGCGGCCGGCAACUUCAUUUCGCCUUUCGAGCGGCUCAACUCCAAGGGUUUCGGCACUAUCGUGGACAUCGUGCUCAAGGGCACGGCCAACGUGACGCUGGACGCUGGCAAGCGCAUGAUCCAGCACGAGCAAGGCGGCGUCUUCCUUAACAUCACCACCACGUACGCCGAGACGGGCUCUGGCUACGUUGUGCCCUCCGCUGCAGCAAAGGCUGGUGUCAGCGCAAUGAUUAAGUCACUGGCGGUGGAGUGGGGCAAGUAUGGUAUCCGUUUUGUGGGUAUUGCCCCGGGUCCGAUCAAAACCAAGGGAGCAUUCGACCGACUGGACCCGUCGGGGGCCUUCGAGGAGGUCAUGAUCCAGAACAACCCGCUCAAGCGCUUUGGUGAGGUGGACGAACUCGCCAAUUUGGCGUCUUACAUGACCAGUGACUACGCCAGUUGGCUCAACGGCGAGAUUGUCCGCUUCGAUGGAGGUGAGACGGUCUCGAACGCUGGCGAGUUCAACAUGUUUGGCACGGUGAGCAAGGAGAAAUGGGAUGACCUCGAGGCCGCCAUCCGCGAGUCCAACGCCAAAAGCAAAAAGUAAGAUGUGGAAAAUUGCCAUUACACCGGCAAUUGCUAAGCACAUGAAAAAAAAGCACAAAUCUGAAUUGUAACCGAAUGUUGGAUACUUUUUGGCAGCAAGUUUAAUGGCACCAAGAAAUGCGGCACACAAAUACUGUUGAUUAUAUACAGGUUUUGUUUGAUGGGGAGACUGUUACGUUUCCUAUAAAGACGCAUAAAGUGUAGUGAAAAGCGAGUAGUGGCCAGUUGCGUACGUUACCAGGACCGCUUA